CAGGGAAAGUUAAGAGUAGCCCUAUUUUCAUGGCAAAAUCCAAGGGGGGAAAAAAAAGAAAGAAAAAGAAAAAAAAUGGGAAUUGGCAGUCCUAGAUAUCUCUGGUACUGAGCAAGCCAAAGAAUCAGGAUAACUGGGUGAAAGGUAAUUGGGAAGCAGUUAAAAUCUUAGUUCCCCUCUUCCACUCUCCAAGCAGCAGGUUUCUCUCUCUCAUCAGGCGGAGGGCUGGAUAUUUCAUCUCCGGAGAGAGUAAAAAGGAGGGUCUCUGGGCUGGGGCACCAGGCAUGGCUGAGGACAAAUGUGGCAUGUAGAGAACAGGGGCGUUAAGUGACUGUUUCCUCACUGCAUGCUGAGAACCUCAGCUUUCUUCUCUGCUCACUUCCCAAAUCACUGGCAGCUACUCUCCACCUCUCUUCUCUGAGAACUCUGACCAGCCAAAAGGGAAAGAAUGAAGGAUACUGGCAUUCAGAUUUCCAGUAAAUGACCACCCAUGUCUCCCUACAGUGAAUAACAGUUGACAAGCCCAGUUCCUGCACUCAGGGUUUUUCAUAGUCCUUUACUCUUAAUCAAGCGCAGAGAGCUAAAGAUUAUGUCUUAGGUUCCCUAGAAACAGAAGCUGUGAUGCAGAUUCAGAUGCAUGCAAUUUAUUGCGGGCAGGCUCUCAGAAGAAGCUCCUUUUUCCACCUCCAGAAAGAGCAUGGAAAGGAACUGAGCAAGGAUGUGGUCUUGGCUGGAGUCUAGCCUCAGUCUGACCCACAGGGAGCCCUGGAGCAUGAAUUGCACCACAGGGUUGAUCUCACCUUGAAGCAAGAGGGCCAGCUUUUGUAUCCAUAUCCUGAUCAAUCACUGGCUGUGGGCUGCCAGGGAGGAAGCCAUGAAUUCUCAGGCAAGGUAGUUCCUGGUUGAGGACAAUUCUUUAGAGAAAGUGGCAGCUCUGGUCUAUUUAUGACUGAGAUUUAUAGCAGCUGAAGGUAUGGGCAGAACACCAAUAAAAUCUACUGUAGAUUACCAGAUUACCAAAUAUCUGAGGAAAGCUGCUAACAUGGAAGACAGAAAAUAAAUAACAAUAAAAACAAGUCAAAACAAGCAAGCAAACUAAUAAUUAAAAUAAAGAGAAAAAGGCAAGUUGGAGGAAACCAAGACUUAUUUUUAAGAAUAAGAGGUGAUAGGCAGUUCCGCGGUCCCGCGGGUCUGUCUCUUGCUUCAACAGUGUUUGGACGGAACAGAUCCGGGGACUGUCUUCCAGCCUCCGACCGCCCUCCGAUUUCCUCUCCACUUGCAACCUCCGGGACCAUCUUCUCGGCCAUCUCCUGCUUCUGGGACCUGCCAGCACCGUUUUUGUCGUUAGCUCCUUCUUGCCGACCAACCAUGAGCUCCCAGAUUCGUCAGAAUUAUUCCACCGACGUGGAGGCAGCCGUCAACAGCCUGGGCAAUUUGUACCUCCAGGCCUCCUACACCUACCUCUCUCUGGGCUUCUAUUUCGACCGCAAUGAUGUGGCUCUGGAAGGCGUGAGCCACUUCUUCUGCGAAUUGACCGAGGAGAAGCGCGAGGGCUACAAGCGUCUCCUGAAGAUGCAAAACCAGCGUGGCGGCCGCGCUCUCUUCCAGGACAUCAAGAAGCCAGCUGAAGAUGAGUGGGGUAAAACCCCAGAUGCCAUGAAAGCCCCCGUGGCCCUGGAGAAAAAGCUGAACCAGGCCCUUUUGGAUCUUCAUGCCCUGGGUUCUGCCCGCACGGACCCCCAUCUCUGUGACUUCCUGGAGACUCACUUCCUAGAUGAGGAAGUGAAGCUCAUCAAGAAGAUGGGUGACCACCUGACGAACCUCCGCAGGCUGGGCGGCCCAGAGGCUGGGCUGGGCAAGUAUCUCUUCGAAAGGCUCACUCUCAAGCACGACUAAGAGCCUUCUGAGCCCAGCGACUUCUGAAGGACCCCUUGCAAAGUAAUAGGGCUUCUGCCUAAGCCUCUCUCUCCAGCCAAUAGGCAGCUUUCUUAACUACCCUAACAAGCCUUGGACCAAAUGGAAAUAAAGCUUUUUGAUGCAAAAAAAAAAAAAAAA